UGUACUUUGCGGCCAAUGGAUUUUCGUUUUGAAAUGAGAAAACCAAAAUCGGGAAACGAGCUGUUUCCCGAUUACCAUAUAGAGAUAGGAAAACAAAAAUCCGAAAAUGACCCAUUUUCCGAAUUUUGUUUUGAUAAUAGAAAACGGAAAACGGUAAAACGACCAGUUAUCUGAUUUUCUUUGAUGUGCUUAAACAUGGACAUCGGGAAUUAAAAUACUGCGUGGAAAUCUUCUUUCUCAAUUUUGCGAAUAUUUUUGUGUUGUGACCCGGAAGCUAUCAGUAGUUGGCGCGCGGUGUAUUUAAUUUGGAGCCAAGCUAUCAGUAGUUGGCGGUGUAUUUAAUUUGGAGCCAGACAUCCUUGAGACGCACCUCAAAAUGGCAUUGCACGAAUAUGCAGGUUUUAUUUCAGAACACCGAAAUAAUGGAAUGUCCUGUGGGGAUAUCGCCACUGCGUUAUGCACCCAGUUUGGAACUACACGGGGGUUUUCCGAGAGGAAUGUGCGGAGGUGGUGUGCUGAGCAGGGGCUUGUCAGGGACUUCUGCCCUGAUAGUCAACUUGAAGUUGAAGUCGCUGAAGGUAUUCUCGAGACUGGAUCGUCUUUUGGUCGAAAAAUGAUGACUGGAUAUCUAUCCGCAAAAGGGGUUAAAGCUUCUGAAGGCAGAGUGGGCAAUGUGUUGAGAAGUAUUCAUCAACCCUACCACAUUGCAAGACAGCAGGGUGCCCGGAAUCUGAACCCCAUACCCUACAAUGCAGAAUACAUGGGUCACAAGCUGCAUGUAGAUCAGAAUGAGAAGCUUGUUAUGUUUGGAGUGACUCAUGUUAUGGCUAUCGAUGGUUUCAGCAAGAAGGUGGUCGGUCACUCCACCAUGCCAAUAAAGAACAACAUCGUGAUUUAUGAGGAAGUGUACCGGCCUGCUGUUCUUUCCUAUGGAAUAUGGGACCAGGUCAGAGUUGACUGUGGGAAAGAAUUCUAUCUGGCUUUAUUCAUCCAGGAAAAACUGGCAGAACAUCGACACAAUACUCAAAGGCAGCCCUACCUUCAGACACCUUCUACAAGGAACCAUGUGAUAGAGAGAAUGUGGUCGGAGGUGAAUGCUCGAGUCAACUACCCUUUGAAGACAGCUCUGGUACAGCUGGUGGACCAGGAGGAACUGGACAUGGAGGACAACACAUCCAGGUAUUGUGUGUCAAACCUGACAUGCCAGCUGGCUAGGAUUGGCAUCACAAAUGUCGUACAGGCAUGGAAUGCACACAGGAUCCCAGGUAUGAUUAAUUUCAUUUUACUGGCGGUAUUACAGGCAUAACUUGCUAAUAAAGCAGUGUAAAUUAAUUUUGAUGUUCUAUUGUAGAGUUCAAUCUGAAAUGGAUUCACAAAUGUGUAGCUCAAAUUGCAACACUGCAAAUCCAGUACUUUCUGUAGAGGGGCAGAUUCAAUUAGUAAAACAUGUUAUUAGUUAGAAUCAAGUUUUUUGGACGUUGACCAUGUUCUUGCUUUUUUAGAUGACUUCUACAGGUUUGGAGUUGAAUGUAAAUGAAUACAUGCUCAAAGCACAGACAUUCAUCUUUAAUUUGAGGGCAUUUACAUUGGGUGAAUUUUGUAGG